AUGAAAGAAUCUUCCAGUGGGUCUUUGGCAGAAUCUGACAUAGGUAGAACUCAGCAUCUGUUUCAUGACUGGGGUAGAGUUGAUGGUGAGACCAAAGAGCCUAAGUUGGAAGAACAAUUUAAGAUCCCACCAAUGGAAGGAAAAAUGGGUAAAUCCAACACCCCAACAAAGGGACAAGGAAAAUUAAUUGGCCACGAGAGACCUGAAACAGAGGAAAAACCUUUUAAAUGUCUGGACUGUGGAAAAUGCUUUAGUAGAAACACUCAUCUCAGUCUCCAUCAGAGAACCCACACUGGUGAAAAGCCCUACAAAUGUGGGGAUUGUGGUCGUUGUUUCAGUGAUGGUUCUGCUCUCAUCCGCCAUCAGCGGAUACACACAGGUGAAAGGCCCUAUAAGUGUAUAGAGUGUGGAAAAUGCUUUGGCCGCAGCUCUCAUCUGGACCUGCACCAGCGGACUCACCUUGGAGAAAAGCCCUACAAAUGUCCUGAGUGCGGGAAGGGAUUCCGGGAUAGCUCAGGGUUAGCCAGACACCAGGGCAUCCAUACAGGUGCCAGUACUUACAAAUGUGGUAUAUGUGGCAAGAGCUUUAAUGACAACUCAGCCUUCAUCCGCCACCAGCGCAUCCAUACAGGUGAAAAGCCCUAUGUGUGUGUGGAGUGUGGCAAGAGUUUUAGUGAUAGUUCCAACUUCCGUACACACCAGAAGUCUCAUUGGGAAGAAAAGCCCUUCAAAUGCACAGUUUGUGCAAAGAGCUAUGUGCGCAGGUCAGAUCUUGUCAUACACCAGAGGACACACACUGGUGAGAAGCCUUACCAGUGCAGUGACUGUGGCAAGAGCUUCAACCAGAGGUCUGGCCUCAUUAUCCACCAGACCACUCACACAGGAGAAAAACCCUUCAGCUGCAGCAAAUGUUCAAAGAGCUUUGGGCACCACUCCUACCUUCUGAAGCAUCAGAGGACUCAUUUUAGAGAGUUUCCAGAGAAAUCCCUAGAAUAA